GCCACAUCCUCCGCCUCGGUGUCAAAAGCGAAAACGUUGUGCUUCUGUGACACUAAUACUCUGUGAUAACGAGUUUCUUCGCAGGUGAGGCGCCAGCAGGCAGCAGUGCAAGCGGAAAUGGAGAGCGCCGUCCGCUGCGGCUACUUAUACUUCCGUUUCACCAGCAGUGGAAAGACUUUUCCAAAGAAGAAGUUCGUUCAGCUUUGCCACGGCCACGACAAUGGCUGUCCGCAGCUGCUUGUCUACGAGGACGAGCGGAGUUCCAUGGCAAUGAGCAACUGCCUGUGCAUGAUCCUCGGGCAGGAGGCGGAGGAGGCGAAGGAGUGGCAAGGGGAGGCGGCGUGGGAGUACUUCUCCUUCAAGAUUGUUGCCAGUGACUACGAAUACGUAUUUUCUGCCGCCAGUGAGAAGGAGCGGGACGCGUGGCUCGAGGUGAUUUGUGCUUCGUUAUCUCGUAAGAAGGAAGAAAACCCCGAUAGAAAUUGUACCUUGUGAGGGAUA